UAGAUUGCAAAAUUUUAUCCUAUCAUAAAACACAUCUAUGUUCAUGAUAAAAAUAAAAAACAAAAUUCUUUGCAGUGGAAGGAUAAUCUCAGGUACACGAUUGGGUUGUCUCUAAUCUAAACUCAAAAAAUCCGAGCGUAAAAACCAAGCACCUUGUCUCCAAAUCCAUGUUGUGAGAGUGAAAUCGAUUGUGUCUGUGUUUGUGUUUUGUGUGUGGGUUUUAGGAGCACAGAAAACUCAACUUCGAUGGCAGAAACCACAGUACAACCAAGUCGAUCGAGGGACCUCGACAAACUCCUCCUCCGACCUGGGAAUCUUGUAGGUCCCAGGUUUGAACCUGGCACUGAGUUAAGAGAUAAUCUUCAGGAAUUCGCCAAGGUUUUGGUGGUUGGGGCAGGUGGGUUGGGUUGUGAAUUGUUGAAGGAUUUAGCCUUGACUGGUUUUCGAAACCUUGAGGUCAUUGACAUGGAUCGCAUAGAGGUUACUAAUCUCAAUCGUCAAUUCCUAUUCAGACUUGAAGAUGUUGGCAAACCGAAAGCGGAGGUAGCUGCCAAGCGUGUCAUGGAGAGGAUUAGUGGUGUGGAUAUUAAGCCGCAUUUUUGCAGGAUAGAGGAAAAGGAUAUUGAUUUUUAUAAUGAUUUUAGCAUUAUUGCUCUUGGUCUUGAUUCCAUUGAGGCGCGGAGCUAUAUCAAUACGGUUGCUUGUAGCUUUUUAGAAUAUGAUUCUGAUGAUAAUCCACGAGAAGAUACAAUCAAACCUAUGGUGGAUGGUGGGACUGAAGGAUUCAAGGGCCAUGCUAGGGUUAUCAUGCCAGGGAUCACACCAUGCUUUGAGUGUACCAUCUGGCUUUUUCCACCUCAAGUGAAGUUUCCUUUGUGUACACUGGCCGAGACCCCUAGAACUGCUGCCCACUGUAUUGAAUAUGCUCACUUAAUUAAAUGGAAUGAGGUUCAUGGUGCAGAGGCUUUUGACCCAGAUAACCCUGAGCAUAUGAAAUGGGUCUAUGAUGAGGCUGUCAAGAGGGCCGAGCUUUUUGGCAUUCCUGGAGUUACUUAUUCUCUUACCCAGGGUGUAGUGAAGAACAUCAUACCAGCUAUAGCUUCAACAAAUGCAAUUAUAUCAGCGGCAUGCGCGUUGGAAACAUUGAAGAUUGCCACAGACUGCAGCAAAACUAUGUCAAACUAUUUAACGUAUAAUGGGUCUGAAGGACUUCAUACUAAAGUGGCAGAAUUUGAAAGGGACAAAGACUGUCUUGUGUGUGGUCCUGGUAUACGUAUUGAACUGGACCCUUCAAUCACAUUGCAAAAGUUCAUGGAUCUUCUUGAAGAACAUCCUAAGUUGAGAUUGACAAAAGCCAGUGUUACACAUCAAGGAAAGAAUCUGUACAUGCAAGCUCCCCCUGUAUUGGAAGAAAUGACUCGACCAAACCUGAGUCUAAGUCUUUUUAACCUCAUGGGGAAACAGCCCAAGGACAUUGUGCAUGUGAAUGGCACAAGCAGCAAGAAUGACCAAAAAUUCUCGUGUUUGAGAAAAUUACGUGUUGUGUUCAAAGGAGUUGAUGGGGUUACAGACAUGGAUACAGCCGGAGGAGCAUAACUUUGGACAUCCAAGUAUGCAUGAAUUUUUUUUUGGCUUUAUAAGCAUAGUUAAUAUAUGUUAGAUAUUGGUGAGGUAAGGUUAACAUUUUCUACCCUGUAAAAGUUAUUCAUAGAUGAUUAGCGAAUAGCUUUUGGUGCUGCGAAUUGUUGCCCACAGGGUGAACAUUUCUUGCAACUUUAUUUUAUCAUUGAUUGAACACACAUGAUAUAUUAUGAAUAGGUGAUGAAAUUGAGUUGCUUAAA